AAAAACAUAACCUCAUCGAAUUCCCAUACGAUUUGUAAACAUUGCCCUCAAAUUUUUUUUGAGGGCAAGGACGGCUUUAUGGACCGACGCCGAAGGAAAGAAAGAGAAGGAGAUGAUGAUGACGUCAGCGUGCAAGCGCUCAUCAGGAACUGUCAGAAGUUUGCAUCAUUUUUCACUCCGCGGAGAAAAAUCGAAACGAAAAUGGCCUGGCCGUCGUCGUCCUUGCAGAAGUGAAGAGUGUUCGUCCAUUAUCCUGGCAAAAAAAUCACCGUUUCGACGUGCGAAAACAGUUCUAUCGUGUGCGCGUUAUUCGUGACCAUAAGUGCGGAAAAUGUUUUCCGAUCGACGACGCGAUGUGAAUCGAAAUCGUAUGGGGCGAUAAACCAGGAAGUGUUGGGUCCUUCACAGGUAGCAGCACCAGCUGCUGCUGCUGCUGUUUCGCAAGCGACAAAGGAAAAAUCGAUACACGGGCUCCCUCCAUAGAAUUUUCCUCUGGGGAGGAUUUUGCGACUUGGAUUGAUAGGAUCUUUAAAUUUCACGACGAUGGAAGUGAUUGUGUUGAAUCCUGAUAACCCGGAAUUGUUGAGGGGAGCUGGCAACAACAAUAACAAUCCAGCAGGGAGUUGCGACAAAGUGGACGAGAAGCUGGUAGACGGACCGAUGGCCGCGGCCAUGACCAGCAGCAUCGCCAGCCUUUUGGAUGACACGACUCCGAGCGAUUCUGGCGUCCAAUUGCUGGACUCGGAAUCGAGUGGCCUGAACGAGUCGAUGAUCUCGAGUGCCGGUGGGUUCGACUUUGAGGCUACGAAUGUGCAGAACAACAAUAACAACAAUGGCAAACCGGAUCUGGAUAGUCCCGUGAAGGAAGAUCUGGGCAAAUUUGUGGACGGAGAAGCGAUCGGUGGAGAUAGGGGAGAAGUGGAGGUGGAACAGGCCAUAACCAGCAGUCAGAUUCCGGACGAGAUGAUUUCGAGCACUUGCUCGACGUUCGACACGGAAAAUAUUGUCUACAGGAGAAGGGCGAAGAAGACGGCACCGUCGGUGAGCAAAACCCCGAAGAAGAGGGUUUCUUUUCACGAGGAUAUUCUGAAGAAUACCAAAACGGACAAUAUCCACAUUGAGCACGGGUUCGUAACGUACAAAAUGGGCGCCGGCAAGAAUAGGCAGCCGGUUGGGGCUAAGGGAAGGUACUCCUGGUGUUCGGAGUACGAAGACGAUGCGCUGGACUAUGGCGAUGAGGAAGCUAGCGAUAAUCGGCAGUAUGUGUAUAGGAAUGCUUGUUCGGAUGUUUUGGAUUAUGGGAAAACUGAUGUGUUUGAAAACAUCGAGGACGAGAAAAACUACGUAAAGUAUGACAACUCCGGCGUCUUCGAGUACGGACCACCGGAGAAACGUAACGCUGCGAAACACUCGGCCAAGAAUAGUGGCAAAGACAACUUUUACAAGUGCAGCUGCUCGGAUUCGAACUCCAGUCUGGACUCGGGCAGCAGCAACGAAGGAGCAACCGGAAACUAUAAAUCGAACAGCUGCGAAUGCAUUGGACAGAGUAACACGAAUAACAACAUCAUUUCGGACAAUUGCUACUACAGCGAACCGAAUAUCGGUCACUUGGACGAGUUCAAUGGCAAUAGCGUAGCCGGAAGUGACCGAGUUGUCAAGUCGGUUUGGAGCAAGGAGAAGAAACCGAAGAGCAGCUGUCUCAAGAAGACCAAGCGGAACAUGAUGUAUACAAACGUCGUGGUACCGGAGUACGAUCUGACCAAGAAGGUCAAAAAGUUCAACGUUCACCACCUGUCCGUGAUUGAUAACAGCCGGAUGAUCUUCGGUUCGCUCAAAGAUAUCUUCGGGAUAUCUCUGCCGGAACGAGGUGUUCCGGAAGGAUCGGAGGAUUUAUCUACGGUCAAGGAAUGCAUUCCGGAAACGAACGACUCCAUGAUCGACGAUUUCACCGUCGUCCAAAAACCGAAAAAUUUCCUUUCCAAGAGCUUGGAUGGAGGGUUUGGUGGGAAUAAGCUAAACGGUCAACAGAAGAAGUAUGUCCACAACGUAGAUGAGCAGCUGCGUCGAAAGAACGAUGAAGAUUUGUAUGCUCCCAGUCGUAAGAACAGCGUGGAAGAAGAAGAGGAAGAACGAAAGCAGCAAGAACAGGAAGCUGUUCCUAGCAAGCCGGGACAGUUGCCCUUAGAUGAAGCAGAUCAACCUGCGACGAAAGCGCCCUACAGGAACAAGUACAUCAUCAACGGGGAAAGUACCGUUUUCGAGCAUACCGGUGUGUCCUACUGUUACGAGGACGGCCAAACAAAUCCGCUGAUCGAUGGAGAAGACGACGGUGGCACUCCGAAGGAACUUCCCAUAGGAGAAUCGACCAGCGGAUCGUCGUUCAUUGGAAAAUCGCAAAUCAAAAAGAAGCUUUCGAACAUUUUCCAGAAGAUCAACGUCAUCGGGUCUAAUGCAACGACGCCGGUUUCCUCGUCAAUGGUACAAGCAUUGGCACCGGCGCCGUUACUUGCCCCGCCUCCCCGACCCGGCGGUGAUGGGCUGGAUCAGAGUAAUGCGCAGGUGACGUCGCGUAAGCCAUCGCGGGAUGAACUGGACGGAGUUGUUGAUGUGGAGAAAAAAGUGAAGAAGCCGGCUGACAAGGGACAACAGAACCGCAUGGAGAGCAGCACGAUUUCUUCUUGCGGAAGCGAUCACAGUUCGCUGUCGGACAGCAAAGGAGCCAUCCCACGUGAUCAACCAUGUAGCAAUCUCAGCUCCCCGCGUGGUUCCAUAAGCAAGAACCGUCAUCUAUCGUCUCCGCUGCGAAAAAAAUCCCUAACCACUCGCUUGGAAUCCCGUGCCCGCAUGAGUCCCGAUUUGUUCAAUCUCGGUGGAGGCCCUCCCGCACGGCACCUCAACAUCGACCGUCAGCUCAUUGCUGACGAGUUCGACGACAUUCUGACCGUGACUACGACGACAGCCACUUCCAACGAUACCGACAAGGACAGCAGCAAUGACAUCGUCAUUCUGGAUUAUCCUUCGAUUAGCAGUACCCCAACUCCGCAACCGGCGUCGGAGGUCGAUUCCCUGACGCCGGAAAAGGUUCCCUUCAUUAGACGGCACAAUCCCAUGACCACUUCGAUGAGCUCAACGUCCACUUCGAAGAGUUCUCUCAUCAAUCGAUUCCUGCGGAACGUCACCCAGAAGAAGAUCCUGGAAGCCACCAUCAAACAGAACAGCUUCUUCCAGUCGAAGCUCAGCACGGAGCGGAAGUUGUUCGACAAUCUGGUUCCGAAGGGAGUCCCAAAGGCGUUGAACCGAGAAUUGAUAGAAGAUUUGAACGCGGAAAUCGCCAUGGAAAUUGAGCUCAGCUCGUCGGCUUGUCAGCUGGAUCGGAUUCAGUUGAACGACUCACAUGUGGGAGAAGGCAGCUAUGGGCUGGCCCUUGGGGAUAUCAAAUUCGACGGGGGAGGCGUUGGGGUGGGAGAAAUUCCGGUGGAGAUAUUCAACGGCAAUCGGCUGCAUAUCUUUCGGAACGAGAACGAAGUGCUGAUGAAGGUAUUCAAGCUUUAUAACGGGUACAGCCGGGAGGGUUACAUGACGCCGGUGCUGGUCUUUCUGACCGAUAAGACGCUGUACGUGACGGACCAGGUUAGGAAUAGGUUAUGUAAUAAGUUCGUGCUUCCUUACUCGGAACUGGAUGUGAUAUUGGUGGGACCGUACGGCAACACGGUGCUGUUGAGCAAUUCGGCACGGGACAUGCAGCAGGUUCUGCUGGCCGGGGGUCCGUAUCCGGCGGACGGGCUCGUUGCUAGCUUGGAGCUUUGUGCCAGACGAGGCGGAUCAGUGUUGCCAGCCGUCGGGCAGCUCACUUUGGAUCAUUUAGCACCGCUGCAGGCGUUCGUGCGGGAUAAUUCCAACGUGAGCCGGGAGGACAAGUGGAAGUACUACGCGGUGGUGAACGUUCCGGCCGGAUCGCUGGGUAGCGAGGAGGAACCGCUUGGGCCGCAUAUCAAGGGUCCGCUGAUGCACCGCCGGAUGUCGCAUGCCGGUUUCGUCGAUCAGUGGUCUGCUGGAUACUUCCUAUUGAAGGCCGGUGUGCUAUACCUGUUUGCGGAUGCCACUCAAAAGCUACCGACUUGGGCCGUCACCUUGGCCGAGUGCCAAGGAGCUCGACGAUCCCUCAACUCCGGUAGACCGUACUGUUUCGAACUGCUGCUGAGGACUGGAGCCUUACAGCUGGCAGCUCCCGAUGAGUACGUUGCGUCCGACUGGCUGCAAGCGCUCGUACAAGCGGCAAGUGGGCAGCUCUUCGAACUUCAAGAACGACGGAAGACUCUGGGUUGUACGCUGAUUAUGACCUCGAAUCACCUGCUAACCCUGCGGGAAGAUUUUGGCGCCCCACUCCGGCGGAACACCGUCUCCUCCAGUGCAAAUUCCAGUAUCAUGGUAUCCCCGGCCAAGGAGAACAUCAACCCAAAUGCUCAACAACCACCACCACCACCCCAACAGUCUAGUCACCAAAGAAAGCUAAGCAAUUCCAACCUGUUGGAUACUUCAAGUGAGAUUAGUUCGAUUCGCUCGACGGGAAGUACCCCAACUCGCUUCAACAGUUCGAUCAUCUACGGCAGUGACCGCCUUUCCAACUCAACCACCAGCACGCCGACCAAAGGAGGCAUUCUGCUGCCGGCGGGAGGAAAUACCCAUUCACCUUCUCGUAGCUGCCGAAGGCAGUCUUCGGUAGACGGAUUAACGCCGGGAGAAGGUGGAGGUGAUGAGCGUAGCCACACCAACAUGACCAGCUUCUACGGGAAGAAUUCCGGCGUGGAGGUGUUGACGUGCGCCAGCAUCGAUGAGAUGACCGCCGUCAAGAUUCCGGCGGUGUCGUCCAACUGGUGGUGUAUUUUGGAAUUUGAGUGCCAGGAAGUUCGAGAGACAUCGGGUGACCUGGUGGUUUUCUUUUCCACCAGUUCAGAGCAAGAGCGAUUCCUCUCGAUGUUGGAAUCGAUCUGGCUCAAGAAAAAGGAUGAACCCUUCCCGGCAUCGAUCGUAACCAGUGAGGACGAUCUGUAUCAGCAUUGUUCGAAGUUGUUCCUCGAGAUCAAUCGAUCCUGGGAACCGUUGCUCUCUGCAGCCCUAGGUUAUCCACAGUAGGGCACUCUAUCGCGGUAUGCUAUAAGGGCGGAUCCGUUCGGUAUGUAUAAAUCUUUCGUUUGUUAUUGUUUGUCCAACGGUUCGGUUGAUUCGGCUACACUAGGUUCGUGUACGUGUAGCAUUACUAACAGUGAUAAUAGUAGUCAUUAUGAAAUAAUUGUGUGAAAAUUAUGCUAAGAAUCGCUUCGUUAGAUUAUUUUUUAUUGUUUGGGCUGGUACCAAAAAGUGGAUCAACGGAUAGGAAGCUAUAGAAUUUAUUUCGCGGAAAGAUUUUUAUUUUGUUUUAGAUGAUUAUAAAAAUGCUGGAUUUUCAGCUCAAAAUGGGCGGAAAUUUGGUGCUCUCAUUGUGUUUUUUGUACGUCUACGCCAAUUAUUUAGUUGCUGCUAAGUUUAUUCCAAUUUAUUCUCGACUUUAUAUAAAAAAAAAUGCAUCUAGACAAUAUAUCCAUAAGAAAGUUUACAAACAGUUAAUGUAUCUAAUCAAAAUUCGUAUAAAUCGAAAGUAUUAUAAACACACCUUUCCGAAUAAGUCAUAACUAAAAGCUAUAUAUACACACAAAAACGUUUAGCUAACAAAUGGAAAACAAUGCUUACGCUUUAUAUAAAUAUAUUUACUCAAUGUGCUGUAAUAGAAAAGGUAACAACCACUUAGAGCUUUUUAUUGUGCGCCUAUUGGUAUUCUCUGCAUAUUUUCGGUGGAUUAUAUGGAAAAUUUUGUGCUCAUACCAUAGGAAAAGUAUAUGUAUGACAUAACAUUAAACUCAUAUUCUCAAAGCUUAAGAGACUUUAUUUCGAGGACAAACAUUUCUUCUACAAUUAUUUGAAAGUAUUCUUUGACAUUAUUUCAGUGAUAUUUCAGAUGAAACUUCCUAUAUUUGUACCAAGUUUGGAAUAGAUUUUUCCUAUUUUUUUUAAAUUUGUAUUUUACAAUUUUAAUUUUGUUAAUGUUUAAUUUUGAGUGCAAUAUUGAAGAGCCACGUGAUCUAGGAAGUAUCCAAAAAGAUUGCGAAUGGCUUGUAAGUUUUCAAUCAUCUUUAUUGUCACUCAAAUUAAUAUCAAAGCAAUUAUAAAUCAUUGUUUCUCAAUCACUUACUCAACCUUCAAGAUCUUCCUAAAAUACUUUCUAAAAACGCUAACACAUAUUAACCUUAGUUGGCUCUUAUGUGAGAUAAGGGAAAUUACCGAAAUUACUUCGGCGAAUAAAGUCGUUGAGAUGUGAUUUUGUGAUGCAUGAAAGUUUAUAAUAAACCAAAGCUUUGUUAUGCUAAAAUACAGCUCUUCGACUUCAUUUAUCCGCCGUCUAUUAUAAGUCACUUCCUUUGUUUUAGUUUUAUGUGAGUCAUGUGUUUCCAAUUUCAAUUUCUAAUCAUUCACAUCAUUAUCACAAGCACUUGGCAAACGUAACAUGUUGAUUCGAUUCGAUGUGUACUUGCAAUGCAGCUAAAGCUUUAUAACAGAUAUUGACAGAUCAUCACAAACACAUGUACGGUUCUCAACAGGACACCGAAUCGUAUAUACAUGCAUACACUGGAAAGAAUAUCAACUUUUGCAAGUUUUGUAAUCUCCGUAAUACUAGCAGGCAAAACAGAAUCACAAAAUAUAUGCGCAAAAAAGUACUGCUUUUGCAGUCUAACAAAAACCAAAAAAUGCUCUUAUCGCAGAUUGAUCUUACACGAAUUGCAAGAACCCACGACUGGCACCAAAAUCUCUGAUACUGCUUAUAAAUAAUAAAAUUUCUUUUACCUGAUGGCUAUAAAACUGCUAGUCAAAAUCCUAUUUAUCUACGUAAUUCCAAUCCCCUGCUACAAUGGCUUCUCUCGUGCUUCGGAAAACUCAACUCAUUACAUUGAUUACUCAAUGCUGCGUGGAUACGAUACUCUAUUCUUAAACAAAAGUCCCUCGGUAAAAAAUUGGUGUAAGAAUCCUAGUCCCGUUGAAGCAGACCUUUUCUAACCCUAGGUAAGGAUAAGAAUCGUGACACAUAUAUAUUACCAGAAACAUAGAGUAAGCUCGGAAAGGUAACCACCAAAAUGAACGUACCCAUAUAAGUUAGUAGGAGAAGAAGAAUGAGUCACGCGAAUGUUGAUGUAGAAUACCAAAAAAAAAACUAUCAGAAGAUACAAUCCUCUUCGCGUGCGAAACGACUGAUGACUGAAAAAAAAAACAAGUUGGUAAAUGUAUUUUUGUGAAUGAGAAAACGAUAACUGGAGCCGGUUCAAGAUAGGAACAGACACACACACACAACAUACUCAAAAUAUACUAAUUCUCUUUGAACGUACAGCAGUAAGUAUCACAAGUAUCAACGUACAUGAUUCAAAAUGAUAAUGAUCAUGAUAUCAGUACAUGCAAAAAAUGAAACAAUAAGAACAAUAUCCAGCCAUAAACGAUCCAACCAACAAGUUACCCAAGUUUCUCUCAGCAGCAAUGAUGAAGCAUAUAUCAACCAACAAGGUAUAAACAAAAAUCUCAAUAAAAGUACGCAAUGUUGAAGAAAUAAUUAA